ACGUAAUCUUAUCUUUAAUUUUACGCUUGACAUUUCCACCCAUAUUGUUUGUUACUAUAAGGUUUGGUCGUUGGAAGUGAUAAAAAAAUCUUCUUAGCCUCAACAGUUUGGAAUGUGAAACAUGCAUGUUUUUAGUUUGCUGUGUGUACGUGAUGGAGACAGAACAGAAAACGACAACAAGGAAAAAUCAGUACUAGAAAACUAUUAAAGCAAUGUGCAUACGAAUUGACAAGCUCGACAAAUCGCAACACUCAUUUUCAGGACAUACAAGAUAAGGUUUAUUAAACUUUCAAAAAUAUCAUCAGAAUUAUUUAGGGAGUAAAAUAUUAUUGGCAUGGCUGCAUCGUCGUCAGUUUCUUCGCCGGCGCUUUGUCUCGCUGGUCGAGUCGCUAUAGUCACGGGAUCAUCCCGAGGAAUAGGCCGUGGCAUAGCCAUCCACCUUGCGGAGCUUGGAGCUAGGAUCGUUAUUAAUUACUCCACUAACUCUGCUGAGGCCGACAAGGUUGCGGCGGCUAUUACCACAAACUGUCCAGAUAACGAUGCAGCAGAACAAGUUACCGGAAAACAUCCACGUGUCAUCGUCGUCAAAGCCGAUAUCUCGGAGCCUAACCAGGUGAAGUCGCUUUUCGAUGAGGCGGAACGAGCCUUUGGGUCACCAGUUCAUAUCCUGGUUAACUCUGCUGCUAUUGCUGAUCCCAAUCACUCGAGUAUUUCAAACACAUCAGAAGAACUCUUUGAUCGCAUUUUCAGUGUGAACACAAGAGGUGCGUUUUUAUGCGCUAGAGAAGCAGCCAACAGGCUAAAACGUGGAGGGGGUGGCCGGAUCAUCCUCCUCUCAUCUUCCCUUGUUCAAUCCUUGAAACCAUCCUAUGGCUCAUACACUGCUUCAAAGGCAGCCAUAGAAGCCAUGUCCAAAAUUCUUGCAAAAGAGCUCAAAGGAACGCAGAUCACAGUGAACUGUGUUUCUCCUGGACCAGUCGCCACAGAGAUGUUUUUUGCAGGACUGAGCAAUGAGAUUGUGGAGAAAGUAAAGGCACAGAACCUAUUUGGUAGGCUUGGUGAGACCAAAGACAUUGCAAAUGUUGUUGGAUUCUUAGCCAGCGACGCUAGCGAAUGGAUCAAUGGACAAGUCAUCAUUGCUAAUGGUGGCUCUAUCUUGUAAAGAAAAAAAGGUUGUGCCAUGAGAGUCACCAAGAACCCGACCAAACGAUUGAACAUAAUUAUACAUAGUGCUCUGGAGUUGGUUUUCUAAUCUGACUAGGAAAAAUCACAUUAUCCUUGACAAAUAUGAAAAGAAAUCAAUGUAACCA